AUGUUGACAGGUGCAAGAGAUGACUGCUAUGGAGGAGGAAAUGGCAAGGAAAGUCAAGGGGUUUCCCAGUGGUGUAGCAGCAGUGGCCACAGCAAACAGCAGUUUUACUACAGCAUUAGUUUAGUGAGCAUCAAGAGAGCUUUCAGAGACACUGGUAGCUUUCUAAUCUAUAGAUCUGGAAAUUCAAAAAUUCCUGAUGGUGACAUGCUGGACAGGUCUGAGAUCUUGAGGGGUGCUACAUCCAUUGUGUACAGAUGCAAACAGAAGGGGACCCAGAAGCCUUAUGCUCUCAAAGUAUUAAAGAAAACAGUGGACAAAAAAAUCGUAAGAACUGAGAUAGGAGUUCUUCUUCGCCUCUCACAUCCAAACAUUAUAAAACUUAAAGAAAUAUUUGAAACUCCUACAGAAAUCAGCUUGGUCCUAGAACUCGUCACAGGAGGAGAACUGUUUGACAGGUAAUAUAAGAAAGGAAAUUUCUCAGAUAUGGAUAUUGAAACAGAAUUACACAGAUGUUUCCUCAUUCCUGUGCAGUACCUACAUGAAAAUGGCAUUGUCCACCGUGAUCUCAAACCAGAGAAUCUUCUCUAUGCAACUCCAGCCCCAGAUGCACCACUCAAAAUCGCUGACUUUGGACUCUCUAAAAUCGUGGAACACCAAGUACUCAUGAAGACAGUUUGUGGAACCCCGGGGUAUUGCGCACCUGAAAUUCUCCGAGGCUGCGCCUAUGGACCAGAAGUGGACAUGUGGUCUGUAGGAAUAAUUACCUACAUCCUACUUUGUGGAUUUGAACCAUUUUAUGAUGAAAGAGGUGAUCAGUUCAUGUUCCGGAGAAUUCUGAAUUGUGAAUAUUACUUUAUCUCCCCGUGGUGGGAUGAAGUAUCUCUAAACGCCAAGGACUUGGUCAAAAAAUUAAUUGUUUUGGAUCCUAAGAAACGGUUGAAUACAUUUCAAGCCCUCCAGCAUCCAUGGGUCACAGGUAAAGCAGCCAACUUUGUACACAUGGAUACUGCUCAAAAGAAGCUCCAAGAAUUCAAUGCUCGGCGCAAGCUGAAGGCUGCAGUGAAAGCCGUAGUGGCCUCUUCCAGGUUGGGAAGUGCCAGUAGCAGCCAUAGCAGUAUCCAGGAGAGCCAAAAGGUAAGCCAAGAAACAUCUCCAAAUCAAGAUGACAAGGACAUCAACACUCCUCCUCAAGAUGGAGCCCCUCAAAAAGAUGGAGCCCCAAAGGCAGCUGAAGGUGAAGAGGCAGAGCACCAGAAGGUGCAGUCCAUAAAGAAGGAUAUAGAUGCUGUUGCUGCCUCCAGCAUGGUACCCAAAACAUGGGAAGAUGGGAUAAAGAUGGCUGACCCCGGAACAGAAUAUGACACAGAAACAGAGAACGAGCCAGAAACAGAGGUCGACUCAGAAGAGGAGGAACCGAAGACUAUGACCGAAACCUUCGACGAAGAUCAGGAAGACCCUGACGUGGAACUCGGAGUGCCACAGCCAGAUGAGAUCCUGCCAGAGUAUUAAGCUGGCCUCCUUCAGAUCUAGAGGCCAAACCUUGGCAUUUUAUUUACUUUGUCCUUCAGCAAGGAAGGUGUGGAAGCAUGACAUGCACUGUAGUGAUUCUGUUUUUGAGGUGCAAAAAAAAAUCAUAGAUACCAGUUGGUAAUCCUAACUAAAAUGCAUGUGACUGCUUUAUAAAAGUAUUAGUGUUUUCUA